UUGCUUUCACACCUUCAACUCCCACACAAAAAAGAAGAGUUCAAAAAUACAACAUUAACAACGAAAAAAACCACUUUAACAACAUAUAAGAAACCUGUUCCUUUUUCUGUGUCCUCAUUUCCCUUCCCUUGUACAAAAGCUGUAUCCUUUGCCACAAAACCGACCCACAUUCCCCAUUCCCAUGCAAAAACUCCAUCUUGGUCAUCCCCACUCUCCGUCAAUGGAAACCACACCCUCUUCCACACCUUUCCAAGACCUUACAGAAGCUUCUCCGAAGCCUUCAAAGAAGACAACAUUCACCUCCUUCAUGACAGCCCCCUCUUUCAAAGAGGACACCUACUUCGUCUCCCACCUCAAACCCUCCGAGAAAAAGGCCCUUCAAGACCUCAGGGACAAACUCCUCGCCUCCUCGGACUCCUCGAACCCCGUCUCGAUGUGGGGCGUGCCCCUGCUCGACGGCGGCGACAGAGGCGACGUGCUGCUGCUGAAGUUCCUCCGAGCCAGGGACUUCAGGGUCCACGACGCCCUUAACAUGCUCCUCAAGUGCCUCGCGUGGAGGACGGAGUUCGGAGCUGACAACAUUGUGGAGGAGGAGCUGGGAUUCAAGGAGCUGGAAGGAGUGGUGGCAUACACUCACGGGUACGAUAGAGAGGGGCACCCUGUGUGCUACAAUGCCUAUGGGGUGUUCAAGGAUAAGGAGAUGUAUGAGAAAGUGUUCGGGGAUGAGGAGAAGCUGAAGAGGUUCUUAAGGUGGAGGGUUCAGGUUCUGGAGAGAGGGGUGAAGAUGCUUCACUUCAAACCCGGUGGGGUCAACUCGCUCAUUCAGGUCACUGACCUUAAGGACAUGCCCAAGAGAGAACUCAGGGUCGCUUCUAACCAAAUACUCUCUCUCUUCCAAGAUAACUACCCUGAAAUGGUUGCUCGCAAGAUUUUCAUCAAUGUGCCAUGGUACUUCAGCAUGUUGUAUUCAGUGUUCAGUCCGUUUCUGACCCAAAGAACCAAGAGCAAGUUUUUGAUCUCUAAGGAGGGAAAUGCUGCAGAGACACUCUACAAAUUUAUAAGGCCCGAGAAUAUUCCUGUUCGAUAUGGUGGAUUGAGUCGACCCAGCGAUUUGGAAAAUGGUCCCCCAAAACCUGCUUCUGAGUUCACAGUUAAAGGGGGAGAGAAAGUGAACAUACAAAUAGAAGGAAUCGAGAGUGGUGCAAGUAUAACAUGGGAUAUUGUGGUUGGAGGCUGGGACCUGGAAUACAGUGCUGAAUUUGUCCCAAUUGCAGAAGGUAGCUACACCUUAGCAGUUGACAAGGCAAGGAAGAUUAUGGGCACAGAAGAAGCAAUCCACAACACUUUCACAUCAAAAGAAGCUGGGAAAAUGGUACUCUCUGUUGAUAACUCUGCCUCAAGGAAGAAAAAAGUUGCUGCGUAUCGCUAUUUUGUGCGCAAAUGCAACAACACACCAUCUUCAGAGCUUCAAUUAAGCCCCAAAUAAGUGUACCAACUACACAAUGUAAUCUUUUACUGAUGCAGUUAAUUAAUUCUCUGAGUUUUGAACUCUUUUGGGGUAUGAUUCUGUACUUGGUUGAGCCAAGUUAAAGGUGGUAACUUAGUAUUGUAUUAGUAUAAUGUAAAAAAUGGAAGAAACGUGGUAGAGCAUGAUGAUUUGGUACAUAA